CUGCGGUUGUUUACUAAUGUCUGAUUGAAGAUGGCGAUGCACAUGAUCUGAGGGGGUAAAUGUGUUUUACAAGAUCAUAUGCAUAAGGACAUUCUUGUUUUUAAACAAAAUGGUCUUAAAAAACAUUUUCCGAACCGCGUCCUUUGGUUUACGAACAUGGAGUUCAUUUUCAAGUGUGAAGCAGGGCAGUAAUGCUUUACCCGUAUUCAAACAGGCUCAAUGGCGCUCAACGUUAGCACCUAACAUUAACUAUAAAGGUAAUCACGCCUUUUCAAGCCAACAAGUGAGACCGUAUGCACGGGCAGUUAUAAAGAAACAAGAAUUCCCAAGUCAGCUCCAGGACUUGUCUCCGUCUAUGCUGAAGCUUGAAUAUGCAUCCGUCCCGCUUGCACAGUCGGUUGACAGUGUUGUGAAGAAACUGCUUACACUGGAGUUUGCAAAUCAUGGUGAAAAACUGCGUAUGAAAGAGGAAGAGCUUAUUGCAAAGGUGCGGAGAGACGAGAAUGACCGCACCUCAACAGAAGUCAAGGUGGCUAUUUUGACAGCGCGAAUUCGCAACUUUCAGGAGCACUUGCACAAACACCCGAAGGAUAAAGCUAACAAAAGAUGGAUGCUUAUGAGCAUUGACAGAAGGAAGAAACAGCUCAAGUUUCUGAGAAGGACCCGCUAUGAUGCAUUUGAGAAAGUGUGUCAGGAACUCAAUAUCACAUAUUCAUUCCCCCCUGAAUACUAUCGACGCGUCACCCGCCGCUGGCUGGCCAAAAAGGCCUUUUGCAAUAAGGUCUUUAAAGAAGUCCAGAAACAAAAGGCAGAGCAAAAAGCGAAACAAAGAGCAACUGCUGCUAAAGAAGAACAGACAACAUCUUCUGCAGGGUCAACAGAAGCAAAGGAAACUUAAGUGUAAACAACAAGAAAAUGAAACCUGUGACUAACAGUGUGCUAACCAUCUGGAUCUAACACAUCAGAUGUUUUUCCAAGCAAUCCAGAUGUUCUUAUUUGAUUUAUAUGUAAAAUAUAAACAGAAAAACAGAAAUGGAAACAUACAGGUAAACAUUAAAUAAUCUGUGACUGCAAUGUUUUUAUGUUGUCAUUACUUGCUUAUAGUGAAUUUCCUUCUUGUUUUUUGCUGGGGCAGCAAAUAAAAGGUGAACUUAAAGCUUUUU